CUCUAUCUUCAUCACAUCAAACCCGGCGGGCAACCAGAGAUGACGCUAAAUGGGUAGUCGAUCUUUCAGCUCGUGUUCAAGCCGACCUGACGUCCAAAGGAAGCGCCCAAGUCUUCGAUCCGUUAGCACUCCAGUCUGUUGAAAGCUCCAUCCAGAAUGGGCGUUGUUUUAUUUUCGGAAUUCUGCAGCACGAUAGGCUCAUAAAUAUAGCCACCGGGUUGAUCGAUGAAUAUUCGAACAAUUACGCACUCAGUGGAGAAGAGAUGGAAGUGAUGCUUGGAAAGAAAUGGGUUCUACAUGCUAUGAUGAUCGAGCCCGACUCCCAGGGAACUGGCUUGGGAAAAAUCUUCUUGAGGAGGUGCUCGAGAAGAUGGGCCAGGAGAGUGAAGGGGUUAUGCUACUGGAUUGCUUUGCGGGCAACAAGAAGCUGAGAGCAUUCUAUGAAAGCGUGGGAUUUGUGCUAUUGCGAGAGGUGCCAGAGGAAGAUUACCUGGUUGCUGUCUUCACUUACAAGUUGAGACAAAAAAACUGAGCCGAAGCCUCUUGGUUGAUCCAACCACAAUAUCGGAUGAAAAGAACGUAACUUUCGUUCCAAAU